GAGUGCAAGAAAGUGGCAGAAAAGUCUGCAAAUUUGCCCAAAACUUUGCAGACACGCAGAGGAUUGCUUAAAGAAGAUCUGAUGUGUCCAUUGGAUUCACCACAUACAAGGUGAGCAUUAACUUCAGUAUCCCACUAACUAACAAGAGUGGUCAUUUUUGGUGUAUGGAAAAAUUGAUGAUGAGUUCAGAGGAAAGUCAUGUUAGAAGAAAAGGUUCAAGGAAAAGAAGGGAUGAUUCUGAUGCAUCGUCAUCACCACCACCGCUACCACUACCACCAUGUGUGACGGUGACAGUGACAGAGAAAGAGAGCAUGGUGAAAGGUAAGAACUCCGACAAUGAAAUUCAUGUGUUAAUGUCUUCGGAUGCAGAAUAUUGUUACUACAUGUUGGAGGCCAUGCCUCAGCCAGGACCUACAUGGUCCACAGCAGGUCCUUGUGUGUUGCCCGAGCCAACACCAGCGUUUGAAGCCACCCGAGAUUCUUCAUGCACUUGCUGGCUCAGAUGUCUCCAAGGCUUUCAUGAAAAUUUCACCAUAGAGAAAUUGGAGGAAAAUGUUGUCAUGGAAUCACCUCUUCUGGAUGCAAUAGAUGAUUGGUUGGUCAUUCCAACAAUGGACCAGGAUGUUGGAGACUGCCUCAUGCCAUAGGAAUUUCCUGUUUUUCUUUCAAUGUGUUUUUUGGAGUAGGAAAAUGUUGUGUAAAUUCUAUACUCCUUUUCUUUUCAUGGGAUUCAAACAUAUAUUUCUUCAUUUCACUCUAUCAAUUUCAUUUUCCAACCCUUCAAUUUC